AUGGGCAGCGCCACCAGCAAAGCGGGCGACGCGAAUCCCAAGAACUUAGGAGCAGACCCGAACGACCCAAAUGCGUUCCCGCUACAUCACCAUCCGUAUUAUAACCAGGCACAGCAGCAGCAAGGUCGCAAUUUUGACGGAAGCAGUGAAGGAAAACACUCGCAACAGCCCUAUUAUGCCGGCCAAAGCAAUGCGACCGAGGCAAUGGAAGUGGAUCCGCCUACUGAGACCUCUUCGGAGGGGGACAAUGCACAGACUGUAGACGUCACGGUGCCGCCUGGGGAGGACGUUGUGCCCAUGGUGUUCAAAUGGGAACACGGCGGACGCAACGUGUUCAUCACGGGCACAUUCAAUGGGUGGGACAAGCAGUGCCCAAUGCACCGAUCUGGCAACGAUUUCACGUACAUCGCCAACCUCACGCGGGGGAAGCACAUGUACAAGUUUGUGGUGGACGACGACUGGCGGUUCGCCCCCGACCAGCUCACAAUGGCAGAUGUAGAAGGCAACGUUAAUAACUAUGUGGACGUAUCGGACUUUGCGCCGCUCUCCGACUUUGACGGGAAGAACAGGCAGGACGACGACGAAGACCCCGAGAACCCGUACGCACGGUACAUCCCCGAGAUCGACGAGUACACGAAGGAGCCACCUCCGCUCCCACCUCAUUUGCGGCACAUAAUUUUGAACAAGGCGCCGCCGACAGUCGAUGGGCGAUUGCUGCCUGUGCCUCAGCACGUGGCGCUCAACCAUCUUUAUUGCACUGCGAUCAAAGAUGGAAUGAUGGUGCUGGGCAUCACUAACCGCUACAAGCAGAAGUUCGUGACCACCGUUUAUUAUAGCCUCAUGCCUGGCGCCAACUAG